GUUUCACACUCUAAUUUCUGCAAGACGCAGGGCCUUUUGCUCUUUUCAUCCAAUGAAGGCAGAGUUGUAAUAUAUUCUGUUAGCGAUCUUGAUAAGAUUCUUACAUGUUCAGAAAAUGGUAUUUUGUCUUUUUGGGAUCUUCGUUCUAAGCCUUCAAAGCCAAGCCAAACACUUGAUUCUUCGAAUGAACCAAAGCUUAGCAGACCUCGCCUCGGAAAAUGGCUUACUUUUGCUGUGACACAGCCAUUAGAUCAGAGUUGGGUUCUGAUUGGCGGGGGUCCCCGUAUGUCUCUUUGGAACAGAAAGAUUUCUGCUCCUACAGUAAUUUACAAGAAUGAGGGCAAUGAAGAUUCUUGGUACCCUCAGUAUGGCAUAUUUUUAUCUGAGCAGAGCAACCCCCGAAUUUUGGCUGGCGGAAAUUCUAGCUAUCUAUAUUCAUGGGACCUGGGUGGCUCCCUUCUCUCCGCGACUUGCUUUAGUGACCCUCCAGCUCACCGUCUCUGCCAUUUGUUGCAUACUUCUCCAGUCUGUUUCACUGGAUUUCGGGAAAACUCUCCUGUCUUAUUUACCAUUGGUGCUGGCCCCAGUGUUCAUAUAACAUCACUUUUGGGAUACCGUAUGGCUGUAACGCAUUUAUUGUAG